AUGGCUCCCUCAGCCCUCGUCGGCCGUCCCCUGAACUGGGCCAUCACGGCCGCAGCUGGUGCAGGCUUCCUGCUCUUUGGAUAUGAUCAAGGCGUCAUGAGCGGACUCCUCACCGGUGCAGGUUUUACCAAGACAUUCCCCGAGAUCGACACCCUCAAUGGCGGUAGUGCUUCUCUUCAAGGCACAGUAGUCGCCAUAUACGAAAUAGGGUGUUUCUUUGGAGCGAUUGCCGCCCUGUUCAUCGGUGAGCCCCUCGGGCGGCGCAAGGUUAUAAUGCUCGGGUGUAUCAUUCUAGCAAUCGGUGGUGCGCUUCAGGCCUCGGCGAGCACCAUCGCUCACUUGAUCGUGGGUCGAAUAGUGGCUGGGUUGGGGAACGGACUGAACACCAGCACAAUCCCCGUCUGGCACUCGGAGCUGAUGAAAGCCACGAAGCGUGGAAAGGGGCUAUGCGUAGAGUUGGCCAUCAACAUCUUUGGAGUCAUGCUAUCCUACUGGGUCGACUACGGCAUGUCCUUUGAGAAGAGUGACGCCCAAUUCCGCUUCCCGCUGGCCUUGCAGUGCGCCUUUGCAGUGGUUACCUUCUUGGGCGUGCUCUUCCUCCCCGAGUCGCCCCGGUGGCUCGUGGCCAACGACCGCCACGAAGAGGCCCAGGACGUUCUCUGGUCCGUCGAGGAGAAUGCCAGAAGCAUUUCGCGUGACGACGAGCGCGUGACGAAGCACCUGCUCGAAAUCCAGACGGCCAUCCGCGAGGAGCGCGAGGCCGCGGGCGACAACGGCUACAGAGCCCUCUUGCGCAACGGCGAACAGAGGUUCCUGUAUAGAACUCUCCUGGGGAUAGGAGGUCAGUUCUUCCAGCAGCUGUCGGGGAUCAAUUUGAUCACGUACUACGCCACCGUCAUCUUCCAGCAGAGCGUGGGGUUGAGCCGGGACGUUUCGCUGCUUCUCGCCGGCUUCAACGGCGUGGCCUACUUCUUCUCCUCGCUCGUGCCCAUCUGGCUCAUCGACCGUCUGGGACGCCGCAAGCUUAUGCUCUUUGCUGCGGUGGGCCAGGGUUGCUGCAUGGCGAUCCUUGCCGGAACGGUUGCCGCCGGUACCAAGAGUGCCGGCAUUGUCGCCAUAGUUAUGCUCUUUCUCUUCAACUUCUUCUUCUCGGUUGGCCUCCUGGCAAUUCCAUGGCUUCUGCCUGCCGAGUACGCGCCGCUGGCUAUCCGAUCUCGGGCCGCUGCGCUGGCCACUGCUUCAAACUGGAUAUUUACCUUCCUCGUCGUCGAAAUCACCCCCGUCAGCAUCACCAACAUCCAAUGGCGCACCUACAUCUGCUUUAGCGUCUUCAACUUUUGCUUCCUGCCCUUGAUCUACCUCUUCUACCCCGAGACCCGCAACCUGACCCUGGAGCAGAUCGACAAGCUCUUUACUGGCGAGCGCGUAAAGAUGCACUGGGAGCCAAGCAUGGGGUCUGUCGAGGGUCUGACCACCUCGAGCCCCGAGGGUGAGAAGGAGGCCGCUGUCCAGACCGAGAUUACUGAGAGGCGGGACUGA